AGCUCCAAAAGGGAAAAACGAAUCCAAGAAGGAGAAAAAGUCUCAUUCUUCAAAGCUCCCCACCAUCUUCAUAGUCCAUCAUCAUUCCUCGUCCAUGGGGUCUCUGUUUCACUCUCAUUUGAUUUCUUUCUGAUUUUUUUUUUGUCCCAGAUUUAGAAGCCCUAAGGAAAGGUUUAAAGACCUUUUCAAAAUUUCCCCAGAAACACACUUCUUUGGCCUUGAAUUAUCUUCUUUGACUACGCGUCUUUCCUCUGACUCAAGUAUCACGAAAUCAACCCUCAAGGAGAUCCCAAAAAAAGGCUGUUCUUUUAACAUCUGUAAUCGAUCGUUGCUUUGAGACUAUGCAUAGAUCUGGUACAGCAAUGGCCUGGAACAUAUUCAAAUUCUGCACGGCCUUACGAGGUCUUGGAUCGAUCAUGAUCCUUUUGGUUCUUGGUGUUGUCGGUGUUACUUACUACGCCGUCGUUUUGACUAACUAUGGUCCUGCAGCACUAGCUCAAGGUGGCCUUGAUUCUCUUGCUGCUCUUACUAUCCUAAUCCUCUUCCAUUUCCUUCUGGCAAUGCUUUUGUGGAGCUACUUCUCUGUUGUUUUUACUGAUCCUGGUGCUGUGCCUCCAAACUGGAGACCAUCUACUGAUGAAGAAAGAGGUGAAUCUGAUCCGUUAAACAGUUUGGAGUUCGUUGGUUUACAGCCCGAUUCUUCAAACCCAAGAGUUCGGUUUUGUAGGAAGUGCAAUCAACUAAAACCUUCCCGUUGUCAUCAUUGUUCUGUUUGUGGUCGGUGUGUGUUGAAGAUGGAUCACCAUUGUGUUUGGGUUGUUAACUGUGUAGGAGCACUGAAUUAUAAGUAUUUUCUUCUUUUCUUGUUCUACACAUUCUUAGAGACGAGCCUUGUGACUUUGGUUCUAAUGCCGCACUUCAUUGCGUUCUUUAGUGAUGAAGAAAUACCUGGAACCCCAGGAACUCUUGCCACCACUUUUCUUGCAUUUGUUUUAAACUUGGCCUUUGCUUUGAGCGUGAUGGGUUUCUUGAUCAUGCACAUUUCAUUGGUAGCUGGUAAUACUACAACGAUAGAGGCAUAUGAGAAGAAAACCAGUACAAAGUGGCGGUAUGACCUCGGUAAAAAGAAAAACUUUGAACAGGUAUUUGGAAUGGAUAAGAGAUACUGGUUCAUCCCAGGAUAUACAGAAGAAGAUCUAAGGCGAAUGCCGGAGCUGCAGGGACUUGAAUACCCUUCGAAACCCGACUUUGAUUCCCAGUAGCUUCUGAAGAAGAUGACUUUGAUCAUCAUCAUCAUCCCAUGUAAAACAGCAAUACUUAGAAAACAGAGGAAGUUGGCAUUUCAAGGAGAAAUCUACUAACAUGAAGAUUGAUGUUUCACUUUAGGCAGUGUAGAUGUCUUCCUACGGAAUCAUCAUUAAAUUGUGGGUUUCUAAAAUGACCAAGAUUACAAGUUAGCUUUGUUGGCCACAUAUAUGUUCAUAUUCUUCAAAUAGUUCAUAUAUAUGAUCUUGUUAUAAAUGUAGAAACGAAUGAUUUGUUUGAAUCAACUUUAUGCAACUUAGUUUUGUCCUGCAA